AUUACUCGUCCCAUCUGGAUUCCUUAUUAAUGUACUGACCGCUGCAUGGCUGUCCACUAGGUGGGGAUAAAGUACAGCUUUGCGGACUGUCUAAAAGAAGAAGACCGUGCUUCCAUGACACUCGAGGCUACACACACACACACACACACACACACCAUUUGUCAUUCAUCCACUAAUAGUUGUUGUCCCUUCAGUCGGAGUUGCACGUGUUUCGCCGCAGUGGUAAACAAAUGGCCUUCGCUCUGCCGGUGUGGCUCGCGGUCCAGGAGGAGCUCCUCAGACACGACGGAGCGGCUCCGAGCAGUUUCGACGACUUCGACGACGACGCUUUGUUCCAGAUGUUCCACCUCACCAGACCCUGCAUCGCUUUCAUCACAGACGCAGUCUGCAUCCGCAUGAAGACCGUCGCUAUGAAUAAACCCGCACUGUCAGUGGACGCGGCGGUCAUGGUGGCGCUAAACUAUUACGCACACGGCGUUUCCUCCACCGACGUCCUGCAGAGACUCGGCUCGAGCCAGGCGGACUUCCCGGCGCUCAUCUGCACGCUCUCCGCAGUCAUCGCGGGUAUGGCCGAUCAGUUCAUCUCAUUUCCGCUGCUCCGGGAUGCCAAAGCCAAUGUCGCCUGCAGUAUCAGGAGAGUCUGCGGGAUCCCCAACGUGCUGGGCGUCUUGGCUCCAGCUCACUUCAAGAUACGAGCUUCUCCGUAUGAGAAGGAGACGUUCCGGUCUUUUGUCAACACCCUGGGUUACACGUCGGUGGUGAGCCAGUUCAUAUGCGACUCCGACGGCAACAUACUGAGUGUGGAAAAGUGCUGCGUGGGCAGCACGUUUGAGCAGGAGCUCUGGGACUCGUCGUUCAAAGGAAGGGAAAUGGAGGAGGAACUGCACGGACCAUAUUGGGUUAUUGGUGGAAACGGCUAUCACUUAAGCAAUCACGUCUUGACUCCUGUGGCAGAACCUGCAAAUGACAAUGAGACCCGCUUCAAUGAGGCCCACACGAAGAUCCACAACGUCAUGCGGACGACGCUCGGCUCCAUGAAGAGGCGCUUCAGGUGUCUGAUGCAACUUGGUUUUGCACAAGAAUGCUCUUUGGACAAAAAGGCCAACAUUAUCAAGGCGUGCAGUGUCCUGCACAACAUCGCUAAGAAGUUCUCCGUCGCUCCCCCGCCUGUAGCCGGUAAAAUUGAGCCCCUGCAUCCAGGCAAGAAGCAUUCAGUGCAAGUCACGGUCAACCCUGAGGCCCUACAAGCCAGACGGGAACUCAUCCAUCGUAACUUCUCUAUUGCCGUCACUAGCAAGCACCCACCAAGUAAAGGCAUCAUGGUGGAUGAUGCGUGAGCCGAGCGGGUGUGUUGUCUGCUGGCAAAGGAUCUUCGACAUGUAUCAAGUACGAACAAUGUUUAUACUCUUGUGUUUUGCUUCUCUGUGUCAGUUUAACACAUGUGACUUAUUGUGUUGUUCUUUUAAUUCACAGACUUGGCAGACACAUUCAAGUAUUUCUGUUCAUGAGAAAUAUUGUAUUUGUUGUACAAAUAGAAAAUCAGGUAAAUCUUUUUUACCUACAUUUCUUAUUUUUAAUAAAUGUAAUUUUAAAACAUU